UUUAGUAUCACAACGUUAACCCGACCGACCGGCCGCACACACCGCACACGCACGUCGCACCGCGUACACGACGACCGACGACGGCGACGCAACCGUAUACCAAACCUGUACCCAUCAGUCGACCACGGGCGCGGUGAUCGCAUUCGCUAUCGGCACGUCCGUUCCGUCACCGCCGCGUUUUUUUUUCCAUAAUUAUAUUAUAUUAUUAUUAUAACGGCACGCACACCGCACGAUAUGGCCCGUAAGUCGACGUCGACGACGGCCGCCGACGCCAAAGCCGUUCGCGUUUGACCCGCAGUUACGAAAAUACGUUCCGUUUCGUCAAACGGUUUGCGAGUGUUUUUCGCCGUCUGCAGCAUUAGGUGUAUCCACGGAAUUUCAUAUUAUUAUAUAGGAAUCGCGAUUUGUCUGCCCUGUCCUGGUAUACCGUGUCGUGGAUACCUAGGUAUAUAAUCCGUCCGUCCGUUUUUCGUUACCGCUUCGCCGGCCGCAUAGGUACGGUAACGAUACCUAAACACCGGUAAUAAUAUGAUAAUGGGCACGGCUAACCAGGAACAGCAUCCCGCCAGCGCGAUCAAAAAGCCCACGGACUUUUCGAUCGACGCAAUUAUGCGCAAAGAUGACGCCGCCGCCACUGCCGCCGAUUCGAGACACAACAUCAUGUUCGGCACGGAGGGCGAAGGUUCGAUGGGUGGGACUGAAGAUUUGGACAUUGAAGUGGACGUCGUCGAGACUUCGGAACCAGAAGACUUGGCUGCCAACCGCUAUCAUCGCCGGUCUUCGGUGGACGCGGGUACCGGAAAGCAAAAUGGCACGGCUAGUGGUUCGAAGAAAAAGAGAAGCCGAGAAACGGUUAGCGCUUCAUCUGAAGAUGGUGACCGGACGCCGCCUCCACAUGAUUCUGCACAGACCACCUCCAAGAACCUGGCAACAAUGUUGGCAAAAUGUACCAGUCCGGAUUUGGCAUCCACAGAAUGCUACCUUGAGUCCGUCUCAAAAGAGCUCUGGUCCAAAUUUCACGAAUUGGGUACGGAAAUGAUCAUCACCAAAACCGGAAGGAGGAUGUUCCCCACACUGCGCGUGUGCUUCCGGAAGUUGGACCCAAACCAAAAGUACUCGGUGCUCAUAGAUAUCGUACCGGUGGACAACAAACGAUACCGGUAUGCGUACCACAAGUCAUCGUGGCUGGUUGCCGGCAAGGCGGACCCACCAGCCCCACAUCGGCUGUACACGCACCCCGAUUCACCGUUCACGGGUGACCAGCUGCACAAGACAUUUGUGUCGUUCGAAAAAGUCAAGCUCACCAACAACGAAAUGGACAUCAGUGGACAGAUCAUUUUGAACUCGAUGCACAGAUAUCAGCCCCGGAUACAUCUGGUCAAGUGGAGGGGAAUGGUGACCGACUUGGACGCGGAAAAGUACCGGUCUUUCGUGUUCCCAGAAACCGUGUUCACGGCCGUCACGGCUUAUCAAAAUCAACUGAUCACGAAAUUGAAAAUCGAUAGCAACCCAUUCGCCAAAGGAUUCCGUGAUUCUUCGCGACUAGGAGAACUCGAAAGAGACCCGGUGGACUUGAUGUUCCUGGAACACCAGUACAACCAGCACUUGCUCAGCCGGGCAGCUACACCCAUGUUCUGGCCGUCGUCCCAGGACGGCGGCGUCCACCCCGGACAGCAGUCGGCAAUGGAACAGCACCACCAGCACCAGCUGAACCAGCAACAGCAUCAGCUGCAGCAGCAGCACCACCUCCACCACCAACAGCAGCAGCAGCAUCAGCAGCAGCAACAGCAACAGCAGGAUCAGAGCAACGGCGGUGGAAAUUCGGGAUUCAUGUUGGCCGCCGCGGCCGCUGCCCGUGCUCAGUUUCACAUGUUGAACAACGCGGCAGCUGCGGCCGCAGCGUCCGGUGGUGGCAGAACCCAGUCCGGCGGUGACGGUAGCGGUGGCUCUAGGCUUGGCAUAUCUAAACCUCAGUCUGAUGCAACCUUUUCAUACUUAACAUCAGUAAAUAUAUUUGUAUUAGUAGACUUUUCAACAACUUCUGUUAAAACUAUAUACAAACAGGGUUGGGCAAGAUACUCAAAAAGCAGUAUCGAGAUACUAGAUACAAGAUACUUUGCUUUGGAGUAUCGCGAUACGAGUUACUAG